ACCUUCAGUGUGUAACAACAUGGCGGCGUCAGGUUGGCACGUAGGACAUUACAUCCAGAGAAAGAGCCGAUUUCUGCUAAAAAACCUCGACCAGUUAUCUGCUCACAGGAGGUUUGGUUGGACUUCAACUCUGCGACAACAAGCUGCAGAAGUUAAUAAAGAAUCCACAGAGACUAUCGUCAUCCCCAGGAAGAAAACAUGGAGCAAGGUGGCAGUGCUGGAGGCUUUGGCAUUGACUGUCAGCAGGGAUCCUACGGCAUAUCCCUACAAGUUCCAUGACGACCCUUACCUCUAUCCCAGGACCAGUACUGAGUUUAGGAUAAACACUCUCGCUCAGGAUUUCGGCAGAGCUGCAGCCAAGUACUUUAUCAACACCCAUCCCAAGUUCUUCACCAAAGACUUUGCUGAACCACAUAUACCAUGUCUGAUGCCAGAGAAUCUGUCACUGCGUUUUGAAGAGGUGAGUGAGGAAGCUCUGAAGGAACGAAUCAGCUUGAGGAGAGUUAAAGCUGCUGUUGACAUGUAUGAUCAACUACUGCAAGCUGGCACAGCAGUCUCUAUGGAAACGACACAUGACCUGUUGGACCUGAUCUGUAUCUAUUGUGACAGUGACCCUGUCCAGGAGGGAGAAACACAGCCAAUACUAGACACAGAGGAGUCAAGAGAGGAGACGAAGAAGAAUAAAACGAGGUCCAAUCGUCCCACCUGGAGCAAAGAAAACAACGCACACAGAAUCUUUAACCUGCUGCCAGAGAGAGACACCAGGUGUUACUCUGCACUCAUCAGAGGCAUGGUGAUGCAUGGAGCUAAUGAAAUGGCCUUGAGCAUGUACACAGACAUGCUGAACAACAGACUGAACGCCGACGUCCACAUCUUCAACGCUCUGAUCUUAGCAACUCCAAGUGUCGUGAGAAAAGAGAAAAUAUGGGUCCACAUCACUGAUCUGUUUGAGCAGAUGAAUCAACAGAAAGUUCAGCCCAAUGUGAUGACCUUUAACAACGCCCUCAAAGCUCUGAAACAAUCUUCCCCUUAUGCCAGAAAUGAAGCUUCUUACCUUCUGAACGAGAUGAAGGCUUUGGGAAUAGCUCCCUCUCUGUCCUCUUACGGUCACAUCCAGGAAAUCUUUUACAAAACAGCUCAUUCUGGCAACAGCACAGACCUUUUACAGCAAAUCGUAUCAGAGCUGAAGAAUACCAGCUUAAUCUGCCAGGACCCCGAUGAUGUUACAUUCUUCGCGAAUGCAAUGAGAACGUGUCUGCAAUGUAAAGAUCUGACGCUGGCCUAUGAGAUCUACGAUCUACUAGAAUAUGGGGAGAACUGGAAGGUUUUGGGAGAUUCCCAUCUGCAGGUUAUGUACUAUGCUCGCUUCUUCAACCUGGUGUGUCAGAUGGAGGACAUUGACACGGUGAUGAAGUGGUACAGAAAGCUAAUUCCCUCGAAGUUCUAUCCAAACUCUAUUGGACUGAUGAACCUGCUGCAGGCUGUGCAGAUAGACAAUCGCCUGGACUUGGUGCCCACUAUAUGGAAAGAUAUCUGCUCUAUGGGUCAUAAUAGAAUUAAUCUGGUGGAGGAGGUUGUCAGCCUGAUGGCCAGAGAAAAACACAGUCCGAAGGUUCAGGAGUCCUUUGCCGAAUGUGCUCUGGAUAUAAAGAAGAUGUUUAGUGGAGACACAGUCAAGGCCAAUCUGGAGUGGACCAGCGUCUGCCUCUCAAACAUCAUCAUCUUGCUGCUGCGAGCCAACAAGACCCAACAAGCCUGGGACAUGCUGAAGCUCUUCAAGUCCAAAAACAUAGUUCCUAUUACGGGACUGUUGGAUAACUUCCUGUCGCUGUGUCACAGCGAAGGCUCUCCCCAGAGAGCGGUGGAGCUGGUUCAGCUGUCUGCUGCCUUCUAUUUGCCGGCAACACCAAAACUGGCAGAGCGAGCACUUACUUUGUUUGAUCUGACUAAGGAACAAAGAGCCAUAUUAUCUGAACUGCAGUCUACAGAAGAGUCCUCUGACUGAAGGAGACGAUGUCAACCACUAUGAUCCCGAUCCACAAAUCCGUAGAGAGUGUACUUGUUUCUAUAUCUGUGUAAUGAAAAUGUAUGUCACAUAAAUAAAAUCCAAACCUCUCUCA